GAGGUGUUUAAUUAACCUUUAGGCAACAGCUGUAGCAAUAAUAAUAUUUUAACAAACAUGUUAAAGAAUGGGAAAAAAAGAAAACAAUAGUUAGUUAGUUAAUUAACUCACUGGUUGGUGGAGCUUCACUGUCCAGACUGUCCAGGUAGAACUCUUCUGGUUCAGCUCGUUAAUCAGCAUCACUUUCUUCAGCUAUUCAAAUAGAGUCAAACUAUCACACGGCGGAGAGAAGAAGAAGUUUAAUGUGAGAGACUAGCUCCAGGAGGGUCUGAGUGAGGAACCGGCCGGAUGAUGUGAGGCAGAGCGAGCUGACAGGACAUCAGUCACCGACCGAGUUGUGAUCUGAGGACUGAGGCUGUACCAGGAGCAUCUUCAUCAUUUCUUCAUCAUCCUCCAUGUCUGCUGACAGCUAAAAGUUCAACAUCUUCCACCUCUUCAUCUCCUCGGAGCUUCACUCAUCUUCCUCCUCCAUCCAGUCAUGAAUCCCUACAGAGACACAAGUCCACCUCCACAUUCUUUUCCUGAUCUUCAUGAUAGUUCCCAUAAUGCAUCUCUGUCAGCCAACUUAUCGUCUCCUCCAGUCAUCCAGACGGGUCACAGCUCCGUGACGGUUCUGAGCCAUAACUUCCCUCACUAUCAGGCCUCCCCAGACCGCGAUGGAGGUCAGAACCAGGGCCCGUCACCGUACUCGGACCGGUCCGCAUCGCCGCUUACAGCCUCAGAUCCAGGCUUCAUCUUCAGAUCCAGGUCCAUCCUGGUUCCAGCCUCGUCUCCCACACCGAACCCUUACCCCGACCCCGCCACACCCCCCUCCUGCCAGGUCUCCGUCAUCAUCCCGUCCCCGGACCUCGGCCCGUCCCCUCUGGUGUCCCAGUGCUCCGAGGACUCCUGCCCGGACCUGGAGUGCUCCAUCUGCUUCAGCCAGUUCAACAACGUCUUCCGCUGUCCCAAGAUGCUUCAGUGCAAGCACACGUUCUGCCUGGAGUGCCUGGCGCGCAUCAACGUCAAGUCAGCCGAGCCCAACGCCAUCCAGUGCCCGCUGUGCCGCGGCCUCACGCCGCUGCCCGCCCUCGGGCUGCCCAGACUGGCCACCAACUCAGACAUGCUGUCCUACCUGCCGGCCGCCAUGCAGAGAGUCUACAGCAUCCGCUUCCUCCGCAACAAAGGGAAGCUGCAGGUCAAAAGGUCAUCUGAAGGUCACCGGCGGUGGGGUCAGAGGUCGAUAACAUCAGUGAACCGCCGCUCUCUGGACGUGGGGCUUCCCAGCCCGCCUGCCGGAGGUCGCGGUGAGGCGGGCGGCGUGGUCGGAGCCAUGUUCAGACUGACGGGCCGGCCGGGUUGCCGAGCCUUCCUCCUGACCUCCGUGGUGAUGAUGAUGGUGCUGUUGACGGGCAUCAUCAUCUACCUCCUCACCUUCAACACUGAUGACAGUUAGUGACAUCACGUUACAUCACAUCCUGUCUUCUUCCUCCUUCUGCUUUUAUUUCUCUGCUGGAAAAACUCAUCCAACAGUAAAAUGCCUCCAUCUCUUAAUGAGCAACAUCUGUCUGUGGUUAACAGAUGAUCCAGAUGUGCAAUAAAAAGCCAUCGACACUCACACCUGAGCUGAGGAAGUGAGAAUCAGUGGACUCUAAUCUGCUUUAUUAUAUUUAACUCGUGCCAAACAGUUUGAAAUAAUCACUGAAAAUACUUCCCACUUCUAUUUUGUAUGUGUUCAUGUUCAUCCUGUAACAGCGGAGGUGAAACGCUAUCUAGGAAUCGGUGGACUUUAAUCCGUUUUACAGUACGUAUCUUGUGCCAAAAACAAGCUGUAAAUAAAUGAUUAGCUGGAAAUGAGAACAUUCUGCUUAAAGUCACAAAAUGGCAGUCGGGUGACGGAAAGCACCGGAAACGUGAGAAGCGGCGUACUUCAAUCUUCCUCACAGCACUUUAAACUUCACUUACUCACCUCCAGUUUCGGGGGAAACGCACACUAUCAUCACUUUUAAAUGUCUUGAAUUUCAUGUUACAAAGAGGCGAUCGGGUAAUACGAGACGGCCGGUCUGAAGGUGGUUAGAUGGCGGUGGAGAUAAGGAGAGGAGACGCGUUGUAAGACUAUAAAACAAUAGACUGAUAGCAGGUUUAUUAUAUGAACAACAGGGCGAAGUCUCCCAUCCAGCUACACAGAACAGCUCAAAUUAAACAUCAAACUUUAGAUUGCAGGGACAUUUUGAGACUCUAUUAAAACCUAAUAUAUAAGAAACAUAAACCUUCUUCAUAUUGUCUGUUUAGACUUCCAGCACUUUAAAAAGAAAAACCCAGCAACUGAAUGUUUUGAUGUUUUCUGUCUUUAAAAGUGUUUAAAUGAGAGUGUAUGUUUCCUCCCGUCGGCGCUGCAGCUCUUCACCGAACGCCGUCGACAGGAGUCAUGCAAAUAAAGCUGGGUUAUAGUUAAAAGUCUGACGCAGAGAGCCGACGAUUUUCAUAUCUGCUGAAACAUUAAUAUGAUAUGACGGAUGGAAGCAACAAAAAUAAGGCUGCGGUUGAGAGGGAAAAUAUAUUUUAAUCUACCGUUUGUCUUCCUGUUUCUUGUAUGUUGUGUUACUUUGUGUUUUAAACUCUGACCUGUUUUACUGUGAAAUGUAAAAUAAAUCAUUUUAUAUAUUUAUAUAACUGUUUUAGCAAAGCUUGCACUAUCACCAUGUUGGCCUCGUGUUAAACUUCAAUAAAUUCCUGUUUGAAUUAAU